UGUUAUUUGAAGGCCGCGGCUAGUUGCAGUGCUAAUCUAACGUCCUAAACGUUGGCGGAAUUUUCACUAUAAUUAAACUUUGUAUAGUGGAUUUUAUCUUACUCUGCGCCACUUGGUUUUGUGGUCAUAACCAUAUUCAGAAUGUCCUUCCCCCCUCAUUUAAACCGGCCGCUGUUGCCCCCUCCUGGGAUACCUCACCAGUAUGCUGGCUUCCCCUCAGGAACUCCAAUGAUCCCAGUUCACAUGGGCAUCAUGGCCCCGGCCCCCGCAGUUAUGGUUCCUUCUGUUCCGGUCGUCAGUAAGCCUCCUGUUCCAAAGAAGGACUAUUCUGCGAUGCGAGCCAAGGACGAGGAGAGCAGCGGGCCCACGACCACAGUGUUUGUAGGGAACAUAUCGGAGAAAGCUUCAGACAUGCUGAUCAGACAAUUGCUGGCGAAAUGUGGUAUUGUUUUGAGCUGGAAACGAGUUCAAGGAGCUUCUGGAAAACUUCAAGCGUUUGGUUUUUGUGAAUACAAAGAGCCGGAGUCCACCUUGCGAGCUCUCCGGCUGCUUCACGACCUGCAGAUUGGAGACAAAAACCUGCUGGUGAAGGUGGAUGCAAAGACUAAAGCUCAGCUGGAUGAGUGGAAGGCCAAGAAGAAGACAGCAAAUGGGCAAACUAAGAAGGAAGAAGAUGGAGGAGGUGACGAUGUGGAAGUUCUUGAUGAGGAGACGAAGAAAAGAGACCAGGUAGUGAAAGACGCCAUCGAUGGAUUGAUGCGAGAAUACGCCGCAGAACUCAACGCACCUUCGCAGGAUGACGACGCUCAGAGACGAAAAAGAAAAAAGGAAAAGAAAGAAGAGGACGACAUUAACACCAUUGACAUCGAGGAGGACAAGCGGGACCUGAUUUCCAGAGAGAUUAGUAAAUUUCGCGACACUCACAAGAAACUCGAAGAGGAGAAAGACAAGCGCGAGAAAGAGCGGCUGGAGUUCGAGCGCGAAAGGAGGGAGCGAGAAAAAGAACGAGAGCGGGAAAGAGAACGGCGGGAUCGCGAAAGGGAGAAGGAGCGCGAGAGAGAAAGGAAGAAGGAGCGGGAACAGGAGAGGGAGAGAGACCGUGAUAAAGAGCGUGACCGCAGGAACAGGGAGGUAGAACGAGAGCGAGACUGGGACAGAGACCGUAGCCGUGACCGGAGCGCCGAGCGCAGCCGAUCCAGGGAAUUGAGCCGAGACAGAGAGAGGGAGAGAGAAAGAGAACGGGAGAGGGACAAGAAGCGUGACCAAGAAGAUGAAGAGGACGCUUAUGAACGUAGGAAGCUGGAACGAAAACUCAGAGAUAAGGAGGCAGCAUAUCAGGAGCGUCUGAAAAACUGGGAGCUAAGGGAGCGGAAAAAGGCUCGGGAUUAUGCCAAGGAGUCGGAAAGGGAAGAUGAGCGCAGGCGAGAAAUGAUAAAAGAAGGCAAACGACUGAAGGAGUUUCUCGAAGACUACGAUGAUGACAGAGAUGACCCCAAAUACUACAGGGGGAGCGCGCUGCAGAAGCGUCUCAGAGACAGAGAGAAGGAGAUGGAGGCGGACGAGCGUGACAGGAAGAGGGAGAAGGAGGAGCUGGAGGAGAUCAGACAGAGGCUGUUGGACGAGGGACAUCCAGACCCGGACGCAGAACUGCGCAGGAUGGAAGAAGAGGAGGAGGAGCGUCUGAGACAGCCGCCCAUCAUCCAAGAGCCCGAACCCGAGGAGCAGCGUGAACGCCACAGAGGGUCCAGAGACCACAGGGAACGGAGACAAGAGCCGGAAAAGGCCAAACCCAGCGCACGGCCUCGUCCUCAUCCUCAUCCCUCCGACCAGGAGGUAGAGGAAGGCGAGGAGGAAGAUUAUGACAAUGAUGAAGACAACGUUGAAGCAAAACCACAGCUGAAGCCCAUGAUGCGGCCCAUCACAGCUGCUCCUUCGGUAUCGUCAGCGAGUGGCAAUGUGUCUCCCAACACGCCCGGAGAGGAGUCGCCAUGUGGCAUCAUCAUCCCGCACGAAAACUCACCCCCAGACGCUCUGCCGCAGGACGAGAACCGGCCCAAGAUCGGCCUCAGCCUAAAACUGGGUGCUACUGGGAGCCCCAGCCAGCAUAAUGCCGUCAAGAGGAAGAAGCUUCCAGUGGACAGCGUCUUCAACAAGUUCGACGAUGAGGAGGCAGAUGAACAGCCACGCAAGAGGAAGCUGGUGCCCCUGGAUUAUGACGACGAUAAGAGCCUGGGCGUCGACGGCGCCGGACUGUCCAGCAUAAAAGGAGCCAACACCGAGGAGAAACGCAAGCACAUCAAGAGCCUGAUAGAGAAGAUACCGACAGCCAAACCAGAACUGUUCUCCUACCCUCUGGACUGGUCCAUGGUCGACACGACGUUAAUGGAGCGACGUGUUCGACCCUGGAUCAAUAAAAAAAUCAUUGAGUACAUCGGCGAGGAAGAGGCGACAUUAGUGGACUUUGUGUGCUCAAAGGUGAUGGCUCACAGUAUGCCCCAAAGUAUCCUGGAUGAUGUUGCCAUGGUACUUGAUGAAGAGGCUGAAGUCUUCAUUGUGAAAAUGUGGCGGUUGCUCAUUUAUGAAACUGAAGCAAAGAAAAUUGGACUGGUGAAAUAAGAAACAACCACUGAAUGAAGAUAUCUCUUCUCCCCAACCCCAAACUGUUUAUACAACUGUUGUGAAAUCGUGUCAUCCAGAACAAACUGCAACAUUGACACCAAAUGUUUGUUUUUUUUUCCUGUGAAACACUCGGGCUCCGUGCCGAUGUCCAUGUUGCUUCUGUAUAUAUAGAAUCAUUUGGCUGUAAUGAAAGACUCCUCGGAGUCCAGUCCUCUCCAUUGGUCCUGUGCUUUUACUUCCACACAUGCAGUUAAGCUACAAUUUUCCAAACAUGGUUUUAAGUUGAGGAAAAUGGCUUGUUUUGCAUACCUGGACUUUGAUGGAUGCAUUCCUCAGAGUGGACUUCUCCUUUUUUUUUACAGGGGCGUAUUUAUUAGGGGAUUCAUAACUUGAGCCUUUUUCUGUUUUACCACAUUCCUGAUAAUUAGAUCAGUCUUUGUCAACAAACCACCUCAGCAGAACAGAAUUAUGGGUGGCAACAAUCUUUAGGAAAAAGCACACAUCACAACCACUAUAAGAAAUGGAGCGAAGAACAGGAAAAAUGUCUCUUUGAAGUUGUGAAAUUUUAUUUUUUUUGUAAUGGUGAACAUUUGAUUAAAACUUUUUUUUAAUGCA